AUGCGCUCAGUCUACUCCUUUGCUUUGGCGGCUCUGACCGGCCUCUCGGCCGCUCUAAGCACAUUCGAGCACAACUUGCUCUUCCAGCCGCCAGAGAACUACACAGACCCGCGAACAUUAUAUGCCCGCACUGUUCAACUGAGCGAUGGUAGUCUCCUGGCGACGUGGGAGAACUACUCUCCCGAACCACCGCCGGUCUGGUUCCCUAUUUAUCAGUCUCUCGACGAUGGUGUCACUUGGGCCGAGAUCUCCAGAGUAGAGGACCAAGUCUAUGGCUUCGGUCUCCGUUACCAGCCGUUCUUGUACGAGCUCCCACAGGCGUUUGGUGAUUACGAGGCGGGAACUAUCCUCGCGUCUGGAAGUGCCAUCCCCACCGACCUGAACCAGACCAACAUCGAGGUCUAUGCCUCGCGGGACAAGGGAGUCACUUGGGAGUUUGUAUCGCACAUCGCCCAUGGAGGUGUUGCACUACCGAACAACGGCGAAACUCCAGUUUGGGAACCUUUCAUCCUCACUUACGACAACACUCUCAUCGUAUACUAUUCAGAUCAGAGAGACGAAAGAUAUGGGCAGAAGCUGGUGCACCAGACAACAACUGACCUCGUGAACUGGUCUGACGUCGUUGACGACGUGGCAUACCCGACCUACACCGACCGUCCUGGUAUGCCGAUCCUCACACUACUUCCCAAUGGGUCGUACUUCUAUGUCUUCGAGUACGGUGGUGGCCCGGCCAUUGCCGACUAUACCUUCCCCAUCUACUACCGCAUUGUCGACGACCCCCGCGAGAUCGCCGGCGCGGCCGAUCACUACAUCAGCGUCGGUGGCAACAUCCCUGUCAGCAGCCCGUACGUCGUUUGGUCGUCAGUCGGCGGUGAUGACGGCAGCAUCAUCGUAAGCUCCGGCCGACAGCCCCUGUACAUCAACCGAGCCCUCGGCGACCCAAAUGCUUGGGAGGAGUACCAGAUUUCACAACCGGCCGCUUACACCCGGCACUUGAGAGUCUUUGAGCAGGACGACGAUUACCUGUUGGUCAUGGGUGCGGGUGUAUUACCGCCAAGCACCACAAACAAUGUCACAGCCAGUGUCUACCGGGUUUCGGAGAUUCUGGGGCUAUAA